AUGGGUGACAUUUGGGGUCUAGUUGCCUCAAAUUUUGCAAGCAUAUUGUUAAUGUGGACUAUGAUUCAAAAGUAUUUUCCAAAUACACUCACAGAGAGAUUAUCAGAGAAAUUAACCAACUUGUUUUACCCAUACAUUGAGGUAAGAUUCUUUGAGCACUCAGGUGACUAUAUGAAACGUAGUGAAGCCUUCUCUGCCAUUGAACACUACUUGACUUGCAAAUCCUCAGAACAAGCAAGGAAGCUCAAAGGGGAUUUUGUGAGGCAAUCUUUGGUGCUAAAGAUGGAUGAAAAAGAGGAAGUCUCUGAUGAGUUUGAAGGCAUAAAGUUUGUAUGGAGUCUCAGGAAAACAGUUCCCAAUACAAAAUCUAUGUCAUUUUAUCCUGCUAGUGAUAAAAGAUAUUACCUUCUUAAGUUUCAUGACAGAUACCGUUGUAUUGUUACAGGGUCUUACCUUAACCAUGUUUUGGUUGAAGGUAAGGCCAUUGGUCUUAGUAAGAGGCAGAGAAAGCUUUACACCAAUGGCUCAGGUGAUGGUGAUCAUGAAAAGAGGAGCAAGUGGAGUCAUGUGAUUUUUGAGCAUCCAGCUUCCUUUGAAACACUUGCAAUGGAUCCAAACAAGAAGAAAGAGAUUGUUGAUGACCUUACUACAUUCAGCAAGGCCAAAGAGUAUUAUGCAAGAAUUGGAAAGCCUUGGAAGAGGGGCUAUCUGCUUUAUGGUCCUCCAGGAACUGGAAAAUCAACAUUGAUUUCUGCCAUUGCUAAUUUUCUGGGGUAUGACAUAUAUGACAUUGAGCUAACUGCUGUGCAAACCAAUGCAGAGCUAAGGAAGCUUCUGAUUGGAAUCACAAGCAAGUCAGUUGUUGUGAUUGAGGAUAUAGAUUGCUCACUUGAUCUUACUGGACAAAGGAAGACAAAUUCUGAGAGUGGUGAAGGUGAAGAGGAGAAGAAUCCAGUUACUUCCAUGCUGAAACAAGUAGAAGCUAGUAGUGGUGAGAGAUUGAUCAUAUUUACCACUAAUUAUGUGGAGAAACUUGAUCAGGCUCUUAUUCGAAGAGGAAGAAUGGACAUGCAUAUUGAACUAUCUUACUGUUGUUUUGAGGCAUUCAAAAUGUUGGCAAAGAAUUAUCUGAGUCUUGAGUCACACCAUUCAUUUGACACCAUUCGCUGCUUGUUGGAAGAGACCAACAUAACCCCAGCAGAUGUUGCAGAAAACUUGAUGCCUAAGGUAGCCAAUGAAGAUGUUGAGACUUCCCUUGAGAGAUUGAUCCGAGCCCUUAGAAGCUCGAAGGAAAAGGCACACGUGAAAGCUGAGAAAGAAAAAGGGACUACAGCAAUGGAAGAGCCAAAUGGAAAGGAAUCAUCAGAGGAGGAGGCAGCAGAUGCUAGCUAA